AUGGCGAGCCUGUGCAGAAGGCAGCAAUGCACGAUCGAGAGGCGCGGCUUUCGGCAGGAACUUGACUCGUGGCGACACAAACUCCUUCAUUGUGUAGGUUUUGAGAGCAUUCUGGAGGGUCUUUUUGGUCCAGCACUGAUAGAAGACCUGAAAUUAUUUAAAGACUGUGAGCCUGAAGCGGUGUCUGAUUGGUCGUUUGAUGAAAAUUGUCUCUUCUGCUGCUUACGAAGAGACAAAGUGAAGGAACACUUAGUUGGCUUAAGCAACCAGGGACUUGAAGAUACACCCAAACCCCUUCUGGUUAAAGAUCAGACCAAAAUCAACAGACUAGAGAAGCAAGCGGAGGAAUUUCUCCAUGCAGUUCUCUGCAGAAAAGAUGUCCCAAGCUUCUUAGAUCCACACAUUCCGGUAGUGGCUCGAGAGAUCAUGCAGAGAAUGAUCCGCCAGUUCGCCGCCGAAUAUACCUCAAAAACCAGCUCCCCUCAGGAUAGUCUCUCAGAUCCCCAGCCUUCCUCUGACCAAAGCCUGCCUCGCCCGCCCUCGUGCUCAGUUGCUUCUCCUUCUACUAGUCCUGGCACCGCUCUGACUACCCCCGCACAUAACCAGAACCCUGUGCUCAGCAAGCUCCUCAUGGCUGACCAGGAUGCUCCUCUGGACCUCACCAUCAAGAAGCCUGUUGCUGAGCCCGAUGAACAAGAAGGAGUUCUUGACUUGUCUCUCAAAAAGAACCGUAACCUGCCAGUUCACAGUCCCUAUGUUUCUCCAACCACAUCCACACUCAAAGGGAGAUCCUUGAGAGCAGACGGGCAUGUCGAGGUGUUAAUGAGGAGCCUACAGGAUGGGAGGAGGAGGGAGAAUAUCGGCCACUCCACCCAUUAUAAGCCUUUCCAGCCUCUUGCAUACUCGCUGCACAUCAAAGAGGAGGUUGGUCUGGCCCAGGAGAGCGACCCAGAGUCACCUCCCAGCCAGCACCAGAGUUCCAGACACACCGACCUCGUCAGAAACGGAUCUCCAAACUGUAAUUCCAAGACUCAUUUUGGGGCCCUGCUGAAACUGAGGGCUAACAGCGAGGCUACCGAGCACCUUAAAGACCUGCCCAGGUUGUUGGAAGCUGCGGGAAUUUUCUCAAAGUCUCUGUCGCCUGGUAAAGUACCCCCCCAGGAGGCCCAGGGAGAAAGGGAUCUCUCCCUUUUCCAAUCUUCACCUUUUGACCUCAAGAUCCCGCAGGUUCGUGGUUUGUCUCUAGGAACAGACCACUCCUGGGGUUCCCUGACCUCAGCUUCUAGUUCACCCACUGACAACAGCCUAGGAAAGAAGCUUCGCUCAAUUCUACCCAAGCACAGCCGCAAAGGGAGCAGUGGGGCGCUUGUUUGCACUGGUGCUGACAAGGACUACUGGGCUUAUGAUAUAGACCGCCCAUUCUUGGGGGGGAACUAUCCCCCCUUGGAUGGCGAGUUGGACCUAGGCUCCAAACAGCCCAGAAAGAAAAGGGGGCGUUACCGGCAGUACAACACUGAGCUGCUUGAAGAGGCUAUUGUGGUGGUGAUGGGUGGAAAGAUGAGCGUGUCCAAAGCCCAGUCAGUUUAUGGGAUUCCACACAGCACCCUGGAAUACAAGGUUAAAGAGCGACUGGGCACCUUGAAACAUCCUCCGAAAAAAAAACUAAGGCUGAUUAGCCAGCCUGUGGAGGAGCAUCUUUCAGAGUCACUUGAAAGCAAAGAAGGCAUCCAGAACUACCAGUGCACUGCAUCUGAGGAAAACAAGUUUGUUUCCACAGAGAACGGGAGUGAGUCAUUAAAUUCAGGCCUCUCACCAGAUGAGUGA